CACUUGAGAUAGUGCGGUAUUUAUAUCUGUGUGUCUCUUUCCAUUUUAGGUUGCAUGAGCCCGAGAAGAACGCCAGGGAUAUAACCCAGAUCCAGGACACAAAUGACAUCAACGACAUCACCUACGCCGACCUGAAUCUGCCCAAGGAGAAGAAGCCUGCCCCGCGGGCUGCCGAGCCCAAUAACCACACAGAGUACGCCAGCAUCGAGACUAGCCCGCCCUCCAGGCCGGAGGACACCCUCACCUACGCCGACCUGGACAUGGUCCACCUCAACCGGGGCCCCAAGCAGCCAGCCCCCAAGCCCGAGCCGUCCUUCUCGGAGUACGCCAGCGUCCAGGUCCAAAGGAAGUGAACAGACUGUGCUUGGCUCUAGGGGCCUGUCCCCACGAGCUUUCUUGUCCCCCAUGGAGUGGUCCGUGUGGAGGACAGCCAGCCCCGUCCCGGGACGGCUGGGUGGCGUCGGUCCCAGGACCAGGAGUGAGGGCGGCUCCCAUCUGCCCAGCCCCCUCGGCUCUCCAGCGUUUCCAGGGCAGCCACGGCCCCCACACCCUGCACCCCGUCUGGAGGACUGAUGUUGCCGAACCACCUGGGGAACCCGCGGGCGCCACUGCUGGGGACCAAGAACUGUUGUGCCUCUGACGGUCACUCACGGGUCUGGUCGUGGUCUUAGAGACCCUGGCUGCCUCCUUGACGCCCCAGAUCCUGCUCUUCCAGGAUGAGGAGGACAAGACCCCCCACCUCCUCUUACCACCUCCACCCACUGGGGCUUCUGGGAAAUCUUUUCCCUGUAGAUCCAACUGC